CUGUUGACACGUCAGCGAGGCAAUCAUGGCGGCUCACAUGCUCCGAGCUGGAAGACGACUUGUCCCACAGGAGAGCAGCUGGCUCCAGCCCACAGCCUGGCAGUUGUAUCCUGAAGCAUGCCGUCAUCACCAUCACUCUGCAGGCCCCUCACUGCGCUACAUACCCCGCCGGGCGGUUCUCUACUGCCCUGGCAAUGAUGAGCGAAAAUUGAGGAAACUGGCCUCGUUGGAUGUUGACUGUGCCAUCUUGGACUGCGAAGAUGGCGUAGCCCUGAGCAAAAAGACCGAGGCCAGAGAGACCAUUCCCAGGGUGCUGGCGGAACUGGAUCUUGGCCGGACGGAGAAAUGUGUGAGAGUGAACUCGGUGUCCAGUGGCUUAGCUGAAGCUGACCUGCAGGUCAUUCUGCAGGGCAAGGUUCUGCCUCCUACCGUCAUGUUACCCAAAGUGGAAGACACUCAGGAGGUGCAAUGGUUUGUUGACAGGUUUCAGCACAACUUGAAAGGACAGACACUGACAGAACCCAUUCGCCUGGUCACCUAUGUGGAAACCGCUGUGGGCCUGCUCAAUUUUAAGGCGGUGUGUGAGGAAAUCCGUCGACUUGCUCCCAAGGCUGGUCUUCACCAUGACGCCGUAGUGUUUGGCUCUGAUGACUUCUGUGCCAGCAUAGGUGCCUCGCGGACUAAAGAUGCCAAGGAGCUCCUUUAUGCCAGGCAGAAGGUGGUUGUGACCACCAAAGCAUUUGGCCUACAGGCCAUCGACCUGGUCUACAUUGACUACAAAGAUGUGGAGGGGCUGAGGCUGCAGGCCAGAGAAGGAGCUCUCAUGGGCUUCACAGGUAAGCAGGUUAUCCAUCCAUGGCAGAUCCAGCCUGUACAGGAAGAGUUCUCCCCCAGUCCGGAGAAGAUCCAGUGGGCUGAGGAGCUCAUUGCUGCUUUUGAGCAACAUCAGAAGGAGGGCAAGGGUGCGUUCGCCUUCCGCGGCAGCAUGAUUGACAUGCCCUCGCUGAAGCAGGCGCAGAACAUCGCAGCGUUGUCCAAAGUGAUGCCAGAGUAACGCUGAUUGCAGGACAAAAAGGAAGCUCGCGACUAAAGUGGGACCCACAGUAGCACUUGCAAAAAAAGUAAUGAUUGCCAGACAUACGGGAAGACUGACAUUAUUGGUUUUAAUUUCAUUUUGUAAUAAUUGUUGGUGCAUUAAAUUCAUCUGUGUGUUAUUGCA